UAUUUUGAUUAUGAUGAUUUUGAUCGCAAGGAUUUACCAAAAUGUCAAAAUCAGAGAUCAAUUUGUGGAUAUAUGCAAAUGAAUUCUGUUGGCAUGAAUAAAAUACCCAUAUGUAAAUGUGAAAAUAAUGAUUGUAAUCUUUGGUGGAAUAUAUUCGAUAAUAAACGUAUUGUUAAACAUGGAAAUGAUUUCUAUAAAUUCUGUGGCCAAAGACCAAAAGAUCUAUUACCAUGCCAUGAGAAUGAAAUUGCAUAUAUAAGCUAUGGAAAAACUGAUCUAAUAACUGGAGAGAAAAUAUCCGAUAUACAAGAAAUGAUGUGUUUAUGUAAUGAUGAUUAUUUAUUGAGAACAAAUAAAACAAUGUUUGAAAUGAACGAUACAGCAUACAUUUAUGGAACUGAACAAAUUUGUCAAAAGGCACCCAGAUGUAAUCGUAAACAAUUCUGUUUAUCAAUAACGGAAACAGCGGAUACAACCAUUGAAAGGAGACAUUGCCGUUGUUCAUCAGGCAAAUAUUGUCCUCAAGAUUUACGUUUGGCAUAUGAAGAAAUCAAAGAAGAAAGUGGUACAAUAUAUAAUAUGAGAUGUGUUUAAAAUAAAAAAAAAAUAAAUAAAAUAUCAUGUUUGGAGUGUGUGGGUGUGCGUGGGUGUAUGUUUUUUUUGUGUACGUAUGUAUGUGCGUGUGUGUGUGUGUUUGAUUACGUAUCGGUUUCACAGUUUCAACAGUCAAUUCAUUAAUUUAUUCCAACAAACAAUCAUUGUUGAUUACCAAUUUGGUUCCGUUUUUUUAU